GAAGAAGAGUCUUCCAGCCGCUAGAUGGCGCCCGUCUUAAAAAGGCCAAUCAAAGUUUGUUGUCUCGCUCCAUCGUCGUGUUGCUCCUAGCGGCUACGACGCGGCUUUCAAGUCAAAGUAUUCAUUUUCAUGCAGUUAAUAUCAACAUACUUCUGAAACCGUUGAACCUGCAGAUAAUGUCGCUGUAUGAUGACCUUGGCGUGGGUGCCAGUGACACCAAAACCGAAGGAUGGUCCAAAAACUUCAAGCUCCUGCAAUCCCAGCUGAAGGUGAAGAAGGCAACACUGACCCAAGCUAAGACUCAUCGGACCAAGCAGACGACCGUCUUGGCUCCGGUCAUCGAUUUGAAGCGAGGAGGCCCCAGUGAAGAUAGGCCGGUCGUAGACACACCUCCACAUAUUGCUGUUGGCAUUAAGGAUCCGGUGCCCAGCGGCUUCUCAUCUGGAGAUGUGCUGAUCCCGCUCGCAGACGAGUACGAUCCGAUGUUUCCUAACGACUACGAGAAGGUGAUGAAGCGGCACAGGGAUGAACGGCAGCGUCAGAGGGAGCAGGAGAGGCUGAAGGAGAUAGAGGACAGAGAAAAAAAACGAAAAGAAAGACACGAAGGAGGGGCGCCGACUGGCUUCUCCAGAUUCCCAGCAGCAGAGGAAGACUCUGAUGAGGAGGAUGAUUUCGAGAAAGAGCGGCGGAAACGAAGUAUGGGUGGUGCUGCCAUUGCCCCGCCUUCAUCGCUUGUGGACAGAGAUGGCCCACCCUCAUUCUCGUAUGAGGACGAGGGUCGCCCCGCCAGAGGCUCAAAGGCCGCCAUCCCUCCGCCCAUGUACGAGGACUCUGAUCGGCCACGUUCUCCACCUGCACCGACCAGUUCCUUCCUGUCUAACAUGGGAGGUACCGUCGCGCACAAAAUCAUGCAAAAGUACGGCUUCAAGGAAGGCCAGGGCCUUGGGAAGCACGAGCAAGGCCUGAGCACGGCGCUGUCUGUGGAGAAGACCAGCAAAAGAGGCGGCAAGAUCAUCAUCGGGGACGCUGCGGAGAAGGCAGCAGGACCACUCCCACCAAGUGCUGUUGACAUUGGAGGAACAGCAGACUCCAAGAAGUCUGAUGCCAACCCGCUCACAGAGAUUCUCAAAUGCCCGACCAAAGUGGUCCUGCUGAGGAACAUGGUGGGCAGAGGAGAGGUGGAUGAAGACCUGGAGGGAGAGACCAAAGAAGAGUGCGAGAAAUACGGCAAAGUGAUUAAAUGUGUCAUUUUUGAGAUUGCAGAAGUUCCAGACGACGAAGCCGUCAGGAUAUUCUUGGAGUUUGAAAGGGUGGAGUCGGCUAUCAAAGCCGUGGUGGAUCUGAACGGACGUUACUUCGGCGGACGUGUGGUCAAGGCCUGCUUCUACAACCAAGACAAGUUUCAAGUUUAUAAACUGGGCGAGUAAUUCUAAGGUCAUCAUUUCCUGUUGUGUACAUAAACCCCCUUUUUUAUUUUACAACUCAUACCAAUUGUGAUGUGUCUCAGUUACGUCGGCAUGAAAAAUACCUUUUAUGUCUCCACAAUAAAGGGUGAAACUUGA